CUGUUAUGCAUGUAUAUGCAUUUCAUUUUGCAGGCCCUUCGUGCUGUUUCACACAAUUAUCCGGACUUAAUGUUAGUAUGUUGGGGACAACUCUCUGCCAUUGUUUAUAAAUUUCUGAGAGAAGGUACCGCUGAAAUUGCAACGAAAUCCUGGAAGGAACAAGCUGGAAAUACUACUGUGUUUGUUGGGGAAAAAAUCGUUACAUCUUCUAUAAAGGUUUUGGACGAAUGCCUUCGUGCAAUAUCUGGUUUUAGAGGAACUGAGGAUCUUUCGGUUGAAUUUUUUUUGGAUUCCCCAUUUACUUCUGAUUGCAUAAGGACAAAGAAAGUAUCGUCAGCCCCAUCAUAUGGGCCCAAGUGUUUGGAAGAUGCUAAAGAAGAAAGAAAUACAUGUCCAUCAGGAAGUCAGCAGUGGGCUGAGACAAUUGAGAAGCUCAUGCCUCUCAUUCUAUGGCAUAUAUCUGCAAUGGUGAGAUCUGCAUCAGUAACUUGUUUUGCUGGAAUCACUUCUUCCGUGUUCUUCACUCUCUCGAAGGAAAAUCAGGACUUCAUUGUUUCGUCUCUAAUCAAUGCUGCUGAGCAUGAUAAGGUUCCUUUGGUUCGGUCAGCUUCUUGUCGAGCAAUUGGUGUUGUCUCAUGUUUCCAAAAAACUCCUGAGAGUGCAGAGAUCCUUGGCAAGUUUAUCCAUGCUGUUGAGAUUAACACUCGUGAUCCUGUGGUCUCGGUGCGCAUACCAGCUUCUUGGGCUUUGGCAAACAUAUGUGAUUCUCUCCGUCACUUUGUUGAGGAUUUUCCUUUAAAACAAUCAACAGUUAUAGAUUCAGAAACAAACUUCCAUUUAGUGGAGUUGUUAAUUGAGUGUGCUCUGCGUCUAACAAAAGAUGGAGACAAGGUCAAAUCUAAUGCUGUAAGAGCUCUAGGAAAUCUUGCACGAUUUUUCAGAUAUUCGAGUUCACCAUGUGUGGAUAAAAAGCCAGCAAGAAGUGAGCCGAAUGCUUUUGAUGGAGGUGGGAUAACUUCAUCCUGCCCUGCAUCAUUGAAGGAUUUGCAUUGGCUAGAGAGAAUGGUGCAAGCAUUUAUUUCUUGUGUUACAACUGGAAAUGUCAAGGUUCAAUGGAAUGUCUGUCAUGCGUUGAGCAAUAUGUUUUUGAAUAAGACAAUACAACUGCAGGAUAUGGAUUGGGCUCCAUCAGUUUUUGGUAUUCUUCUGUUACUUCUACGUGAUUCUUCGAACUUCAAGAUAAGGAUACAAGCUGCUGCUGCAUUGGCUGUGCCAGAAACGGCACUUGAUUAUGGGAAAUCUUUCCCGGACAUUGUCCAGGGCCUGGAACAUGUAGUCGAGAAUCUAGGUUCAGACUCUAUUUCGGCGCCUUCAAGUUUCAAAUAUAGGAUUGCGCUGGAGAAGCAGUUAACUUCAACCUUGUUGCAUGUUCUUAGCCUUGCUUCAGCUUCUGAUCACAAACCGCUGAAAGAUUUUCUUGUCAAAAAAGCAUCUUUUCUAGAGGACUGGUUUAAGAUGCUAUACUCUUCGCUGGGGGAAACGAGUGCUCAAUCUGAGACUGUUGGAUGUGAUUCUACGGGCCAAAAGAAAGAGAUGAUAUAUAAAGCUGUACAGUCCAUGAUCGAAGUCUAUAAAAGCACAAACCAGCAAUCGAUUUGUCAGAAAUUCAAGAAGCUGGUGGUACUGUAAUCUGCCAUUUUAAUUUUGCUUGGCUUGCUCUGGCUGAUUUGUUAUGUUGGGUAAUUUUGGUUUGGUCACCUUGGAGACUAAUUUUACUCUAUCUGACAUUCGCCCUUAGUAUACCAGUUAAUUGGAUUGGAAAAAUACCCUUUCCUAUCCAAUGAUUGAACAGAGUGAGAUAUUGGAGUGGUGAGGAGAGUUUGGUGCAGAUUUUCUAGACCGUACACUAAUCCGGCUGCUAGAAUUUCAGUUACAAUUACAUAAAAGAGAGAGAGCGAGAAGGGGGAGUGUUCUAUUGUGUAUAAAUUAUCAUAGGUAUUCAUAGCUGUAUUGGAUGCAGUG